CGCCGCAGCUGGCUCUAUAAAGGCGGCGCGGCGCCUGGGAGCAAAGCGUCAGGUAACCCAGGUGAACACGGCGGCUCCGGACACACAGGCGCUCAUCUGCAGUCAUGGCUCCCAGACCACAGGAGGGGAACGACUCAUCCUCCACCAUGAGUGACAUUUCUAAGGGUAAAGAUAAGGAAAUGCCACCACUUUACUCCACCUUGGACCUGGAGAAUGAGGAUCCUCCUGAGGACGAUCCCUGGGAUCUCCCAGAACUCAAAGACACCGGGAUCAAGUGGUCAGAGCUGGACACACGAGGGAAGAUAAUGAGAGUGCUGACUGCCAUUGUGAAGCUGAUUCUGCUGCUCGGAUUACUCUACCUGUUUAUUUGCUCGCUGGAUGUUCUCAGCUCUGCUUUCCAGCUAGUCGGAGGCAAAGCGGCUGGUGACAUCUUCCAGGACAGCGCUGUGUUGUCCAACCCCGUGGCUGGGCUGGUGAUCGGGGUGUUAGUCACAGUGCUGGUGCAAAGCUCCAGCACCUCCUCGUCUAUUGUGGUCAGCAUGGUGUCUUCUGGAUUGCUGGAUGUCAAAUCUGCAGUACCGAUCAUCAUGGGGGCCAACAUCGGCACGUCGGUCACCAACACCAUCGUGGCUGUGAUGCAAGCCGGAGACCGAAAUGAGUUCCGCAGGGCGUUUGCUGGCGCCACCGUCCACGACUUCUUCAAUUGGCUGUCUGUGAUAGUCCUUCUGCCUUUGGAAGCAGCGACGGGCGUCCUCUUCAGACUCACCGACCUCCUGAUCAAGUCCUUCAACAUCGAGUCUGGAGAGGACGCGCCCGAGUUGCUGAAGGUCAUCACGGACCCCCUCACCAGCUCCAUCAUCCAGCUGGACAAAUCGGUGAUCACUGACAUUGCAACUGGCACUGGCGAUGCUAGGAACAAGAGUCUGGUCAAAAGAUGGUGCAAGACAGAGAAAAACACGACUUUCUGGAAUGCCACCUUGGACAGCUGCCCUGCAGGUUACGUCUGUUGGAUGGAGGGAAACCAGACCUGGACUCAGAUGAACCAAACAUGGACCAACUACCUUGAGAGAUGCAAGCAUAUCUUCGCCUACGCUGAGUUGCCAGACCUCGCCAUAGGCCUGAUUCUGCUGGCGCUCUCUCUGCUCGUCCUCUGCACCUGCCUCAUCCUCAUCGUCAAGCUGCUCAACUCUAUGCUCAAAGGACAAGUGGCUGUGGUCAUCAAGAAAGUGCUCAACACAGACUUCCCCUUCCCCUUUGGUUGGGUUACUGGCUACAUUGCAAUUUUGGUGGGAGCCGGGAUGACCUUCAUUGUUCAGAGCAGCUCCGUCUUCACAUCGGCUAUAACACCUCUUGUCGGUAUUGGUGUCAUUUCCCUUGAGAGAGCUUACCCGCUGACCCUGGGGUCGAACAUCGGUACAACAACAACCGCCAUACUGGCCGCAAUGGCUAGCACUGGAGAUAAGUUAGGCAACUCGCUGCAGAUUGCACUUUGCCACUUCUUCUUCAACAUCAUGGGUAUCCUCCUGUGGUAUCCAAUCCCCUUCAUGCGGGUGCCCAUCAGAUUAGCCAGAGGCCUGGGGAACAAAACCGCCAAAUACCGCUGGUUUGCAGCUCUCUACCUCUUCCUGUGCUUCUUAGUGUUCCCCCUGGCCGUGUUUGGACUGUCCAUAGCCGGCUGGCAGAUCCUGGUCGGCGUCGGCGUGCCCAUCGUGGCCCUUGCCAUAUUCGUGAUCGUCAUCAACGUGAUGCAGUCGCGAUGCGCCCGCUUCUUGCCCAAGUUCCUCCGCAACUGGGACUUCCUGCCCCGGCCCCUGCACUCCAUGGCGCCGUGGGACAAAGUGAUAACGACCUCCAUGUUCCUCUGUGGCAGACACUGCUGCUGCUGCUGCAAGUGCAGCAGCUGCUGCCGAAAGGACGAAGAGGCGGAGGAGAUCUCUAGGGCCAGCAGGAAGAGCCUGGCGACAUACGACAACCCCGCCAUGUCCAGAGACGAAGAAAAGAUGGAGAGCGAGAGAGCGACGCAGUUCUGAUUCAAUCGCGGGGUUUCCUGUGAGCGGGUGCAAUACUUAAUGCAACUGUAUUCUCGUGACACAUUUUGCAAUUGUUCAUUCCUUCUCAGGCUGUGGUAAGGUGUUGAUUAUCUAAUGACAAACUGUAAUAUACACUGCCUGUUGCCUUGGAGACUACGGACAAAACUGCCACACAUUUAUUUAAUGUUUCCCAAAUCAAUGUACAUACCGCCUGUCUUCUAUAAGUUCACAUAUAGGUUUCUGUGAAUACAAGCUUUUUUUAUUAUUUGAAAAUUUGUUUCACAUCUGAACAUUUUGGAUUCCAAUGUAGCAUUUUAAAUUCAUUAUUAUUUGCCUAUGCUAACACUCAGUAUUUAAAACUGUGUAAUAUUUGUACAUUUAAAAAAUGGCUAUUUUUAAAGUAC